AUGGUUAAGGAAACUAAACUUUACGACUUGCUGAAUGUGCAACCAACAGCUAACGAGCAAGAAUUGAAAAAGGGUUACAGAAAGGCUGCUUUAAAAUACCAUCCAGAUAAACCCACAGGUGAUACGGAAAAAUUCAAGGAAAUUUCAGAAGCAUUUGAAAUUUUAAACGAUCCUCAAAAGAGAGAGAUUUAUGACCAAUACGGGUUGGAAGCUGCCAGAAAUGGUGGGGCUAUACCUACAAGUGAUGGAGGUGCCUCAUUCCAAGGUGGAUUCCCCGGUGGUGCCGGUGGGGCUCAUGCAUUUAGUAAUGAAGAUGCAUUUAAUAUAUUUUCACAAUUCUUUGGUGGUGGAUCAGGACUUGGUGGCGAUGCAGGUUUUGGUGGAUUCCCAUCUGGUAGCAACAUAAGGUUUUCUAGUUCAGGAUUUCCUGGAGGUGGAUCGAGUUCAGGGGGGUUCCCAAGUGGGUUCUCCAGUACUGGGGGUAUGCCAGGCGGAUUUUCUAGCGGAGGUAUGCCCGGUGGAUUCUCUAGUGGAGGUAUGCCUGGAGGAUACCGUAGCCCAUCUCCAGAACAGCAGGAAGAAAAAACAGAUGAAGUGCACUUACCUGUUAGUCUAGAGGAUUUGUUUGUGGGUAAGAAAAAAUCAUUUAAAGUUGGUAGGAAAGGUCCAGAUGGUAAGCAUGAAAAGACACAAAUUGAUAUUCAAUUAAAACCAGGUUGGAAGGCAGGAACUAAGAUCACUUAUAAGAGUAAAGGUGAUUAUAAUCCUAAAACAGGUGGUAGGAAAACACUUCAAUUUAUAAUUAGUGAAAAACCACACCCUCAUUUCAAAAGAGAAGAUGAUAAUUUAAUAUAUACACUUCCUCUAACGUUCAAGGAAUCGUUACUCGGCUUUUCCAAAACAAUACAGACAAUAGAUGGGAAAAAUCUACCAUUAUCAAGAGGGCAACCUGUUCAACCAAGUGAAACUACAACAUAUCCAGGACAAGGUAUGCCGAUUACAAAGAAACCAGGUCAAAGAGGUGAUUUACUUAUCAAGUACAAGGUUGAUUAUCCUAUAAAUUUGACUCCUGCUCAAAGGGAAGCAAUCUCUAAUAAUUUCUAA